UAGGCCCUGGGCCGUGAUGAGACGAGCCGGGAGUGAUCGACACUCCUCAUGCAGCCUUUGACUACUUGGGGAGGGAGAGAACCGGAGUGUUCGGAUGAAACAGAACACGUCUUCGCCAGCGCCGGGGCGAUUCGACGCCGUUCAAACGCAAGAGAGGCACUUGUCAGAUGGCAGAAGGCACCCGCUGUUCUGGAGACCCCCUGGUGGGAGCAGGCGCUCUUGGGGAGGCCCUCAGGGCCCUCCUGCCACAUACUAAAGAAGGCCUGAGGUUGGACCUCAACGAGAAAGUGGAGAGGAGUGUGGUAAUGUUGCUACAGGAAGCCGCCGAGCUCUUCUACGGGGGCAGGAGGACUGAAUGUCUGCAGAGGAGUGAGGUGAUCCUUGACUACUCCUGGGAGAAACUCAACACAGGGGCCUGGCGGGAUGUGGACAAAGACUGGCGUCGGGUUUACACCUUCGGCUGCCUCCUGAAGGCGGUGUGUCUGUGCGAGGCGCCUGGGGAUGCCACCACCGUAGCCGCAGCCCUGAGGGUCUGUGACAUGGGCCUGCUGAUGGGGGCGGCCAUCCUUGGGAACAUCCUCAUCCGAGUCGCCGCUGUCCUCCAGAUGCACCUGCUCUCUGGAAAAAGGCCUGCCCAAGGCCCGACCCUGGAGCAGCCCAACCCAAAGGUAUCUGGGACUGGGCUGGGGUCCCACAGGAGGGAGUGGACACCGGCCUGUGGAUAUCCUGGGAGCUUCACAUACGCAGUCUUGUCUCCCAGCUGUUCAGCAGACGAGGAAGCAGGCUCAGGGGCAGGAAGUCACUUGUGGAGAUGGAAAGCAAGAAAUGACCAGGUGUUGGCUCCAGAUGUGGAACUAGAAAGAACUGUCCCCCGGCUCCACUGCCCAUCCCUUGAGUAUUUCAGGAAGCAUUUUUUGGUUCCCCAGAGGCCGGUGAUCUUAGAAGGCAUCACCGACCAUUGGCCAUGCAUGAAGAAGUGGAGUUUGGAGUAUAUCCAAGAAAUUGCUGGCUGCCGAACUGUUCCAGUGGAAAUCGGUUCCAGAUACACAGACGAGGAAUGGUCCCAGACACUCAUGACCGUCAACGAGUUCAUCAGCAAAUACAUCAUCAAUGAGCCGAAGGACGUUGGGUACCUGGCUCAGCACCAGCUGUUUGACCAGAUCCCAGAGCUGAAGCAGGACAUCAGCAUCCCCGAUUACUGCUGCCUGGGUAACGGGGAGGAAGAAGAGAUCACCAUUAAUGCCUGGUUUGGUCCCCAAGGAACCGUCUCCCCUCUUCAUCAGGAUCCCCAGCAGAACUUCCUGGCCCAGGCAGAGUGGUUUCAUAAACUAGAACAUUCUUCUAGCCAAGCUGACCAGUCCAAAGAGGCAGUACAGUGGAGAGGCUCAGAGCUUGGGUUCUGGAACCAGACUGGCAUGAACACCAGCUCUGUCAUGAUCAACUCUGUGAUCGGGAGGAAAUACAUCCGGCUGUACUCCCCACAGGAGUCGGAGGCUUUAUAUCCUCAUGACUCGCACCUUCUCCAUAACACGAGCCAGGUUGAUGUGGAAAAUCCCAACUUGGAGCAGUUUCCCAAGUUUGCCGAGGCCCCAUUCCUGUCCUGCAUCCUGUCUCCUGGAGAGAUCCUGUUUAUUCCGGUUAAAUACUGGCAUUAUGUGCGGGCUCUGGAUCUGAGUUUCUCAGUCAGCUUCUGGUGGUCAUAGCCGGGGCGAGGGAAGGAAAAGGUCAGAAACGCAGGCAGUUUGUUCAGCCCCUUGGUCACUGCUCUGUGCCUUGACCCCUGCUGGUUCCUGGAACCCAGAGAGCAGUGAGCCUGUACCUGUGCCCUGAAGAAGCCGAGCCGUCAGGUGGCAGCCCUGGGAGCCGAGCCCUGGUGCAGGGUGGGCACGUGGGGUGAGUGGCGCACUCCAGACAGCAGGGCAGCGGUGCCAGCAGACACCAGAAGGAGGUUCCAGGCAGACUGGACAACCCCAUGGAGGCCCCAGGACAGCAGGCCACACAUGCUGUGGUCAGAAGCAUGGGCUCUGAGCUGGGCACCCAGAUUCCAACUCCAUCUCCACUGCUUGACUGCCACGUGAUCUGGGGCAAGUGACUGCACUUCGCUGGGCCUGUUUCUGGAAAAUAGGGCAGCACCGUCCUCCCUGCAGAGGGCCCCAGGAGGAGGCGCGUGUGCAGUAUCUGCCCUGCUUCCCCGGCCCUGGGCUGGCUGUGGCCAGUGGACUCGGGAGAGAGUAUAACCUCCCUGCGGGAAAGUGCAGCUGUCAUUGUCUAGCUUGAGGAUGUUCCAUUGUGCACACACCCCAAAGUCAAAUCAAGAAACAGCCAUCCUCACCACCCAGAGGCCUCCUCCUGCCCCUUCCAGUUUCCUUUCCUCCAGGGGUAACUCAUCUCGGGGUGGGGUGGGGGGUGUGUGUUGGCAGUUCCAGGCCUUCAGUAAAGGCAGAGGAUGCUCGAAGCUUCGGUUUGUUUUGUGUUUUGACCGAUAAGACUCUCCUCAGUCCUCCGACUGAAGGCUGGCACACACGUCCCAGCAGCUGGCACCGGAAAGGCCCUCUGCUUACUGGGAGAAACACUGGUGGACAUGUACACAAGGAUUUUCCGGAUUUCAACAACACAAAACCAAAUGACCAUGAAGUGAAGAUGAGUUCAUUCUAAACCCAUCAUUAAAGAAGACAUUUAAAAAUAAACCUAAUUUAAAAAAAAAAAAAAGUACAACAUGAGCAGAACUCAAGGCCGAGCAAAUUAAAACAAAUGUACCUACUAAAUUAGCAAAGGUCUUCAAACUCUG